GUAUUUACAAAUUCUACCGAAUGGAAGGAGUUACCAGUCGGUAUCAGACCAGUCACUUCAACGUUACUACAUCAGCUACUUCAAUCUAAAGCACAGUCGACAUCUCAACGAUAUCUCAAAGAGAUCGGCAAGUUUAUCUGUUGGUGUAAGUUAGUUAAGGUUCCAUCAGCGCCACCUUUUUCAGUUUCGUUGGCUGUGGCCUAUAUGUCCAAAGUGUACAAUCAGUCUCAAUCAUACUCCAGUUUGGUUUUAAUACAUUCUGCCCUCAAAUGGUAUCAUUCCUUCCUGCCGCUUGUUCAUCAAAAUCCCUUUGAUAGUAAGAUUUUAUCGAACUUUUUGGAGUCGGCGAAACGCUGUAAGCCAACUGUCAAUAGGAAAGUUCCUAUUUCUCCAGAUAUGAUAAAAGCCAUCGUCGAUAAAUAUGCUACAUCUGCCGCUAGUUUAAAAGAUUUAAGGCUUACUUGUUUAUGCACUCUUGGAUUUGCAGCUUUUCUACGUUUUGAUGAGUUGAGUAACAUAGUACCAUUACAUCUGACUAUCACAUCUGGUUAUUUGAAAAUAUUUAUUCCUCGCGCUAAAAAUGAUGUUUACAGAGAAGGAAACUUCGUGUACGUAAGUCGUCUCAAAGAUAAAUACUGCCCUGUAGCGAUAUUGGAACGAUACAUGAUGAAUGGGGGUAUGGAUUUUAGCAGUAAUCUUCCAUUAUUUAGAGUGCUACGGUUUUAUAAAUCUUCUAACACUUAUAAACUAUGUCGAAAUAAGUUGUCAUAUUCUAGAUGCCGAGAGAUAUUCAAGGAUUGUAUUAAAGAUCUUGGACAUGACAGCAGUCGAUUUGGACUACACAGUUUACGUUCAGGUGGAGCGACGGCAGCAGUUAGACAUAAUAGAAAUUUGUCAGAAAGGUCACUCAAAAUUCAUGGUCGAUGGAGAACGAGUAAUGCGAAAGAUAUGUAUAUUUUGGACGAUGUAGCAGAACGCUUAAAAAUAUCGAAUAAUUUAGGAUUGUAG